AUGCCAAGGACGCCUCAGAAGAAAAGAUCUGGGAGCCUGGUGGUCUCUCCAGAGGCAACUACUUCGAAAAAUCGACCUCCCAUCACUUCGGCGGCAACCGAAAGGGAUAACUUGGACGAGAGAAGAAGGAGGAAAAACUAUCAAUUUGCACCUAUAAACAAUCUAGACAAUAAUAAUAAACCAGAAAAUUCUGUUUUGAAAUCGAUUUCAGUCUCACAAGUAAGGAAUACUUCUUAUAGCAAUUCCAAGAAGGUACAGAGAUCUAAACAACAGCAAAAGGCAACACUGCAACCUAGUUUUAAAAAUGACCCCAUUCUAAAGCCUGUUAGGAGACAGGAAUCACUAGAAGAAGGGCCAACAGAGGAAGUGAUUUGGAAAUAUUCCCCCACUGCAAGAGAUUUGUCGGAUAAGGUGAAUAGUUCAAAUGACAAUUCCGAGGACAACGUACAGGCUGAAAAAGAUCAAGAACCUUCUUCCACACCUUUGGUACCGAAAAGGUUGAAAAGUGUGCUUAGCUUUACUAAUAUAAAUGAUAGGGAACAAUCAGAACCUCCACUGACUACACUUUCCAUGCAACAGAGGGAUUCACUGCGAUCUAGGGGUACCACUGAUUCAAUGAAAGAAUCGUUACGAGAUAUAGAUGAUAUAUUAGGGGACAUUGAGGGUGAUCUUAGCAUGAAACCCAAACUCAAUAGAGUGAACGAUUUACCCUCGUCACCUUCAGGGAUACAACAACGACAAGAAAACGUAGAAGAGGAUUACGAAGACAGCGAUUCCAAUAAUGGAGACGAAUCUCUGAUCAAUAUUCUUACCCAGAAGCCCACUUUGGACGAUCCUACUCCGGAAUUGCCGACGCCAGGGACAACGGCACCUGCACCUGCGCCAGGGCCAACGGCACCAGCACCUGCACCUGUUCUACCAGAGCAUAAAUCAAGUUCAGAUAAUGAACUUUUAGAUGAUUCGUUGCUGGAUUACUUCGAGGAAGAUGAAAAAAAUAAUGAUGAAAUUACUGAUAACCUUGCAAACAAGGAUCUAGAAGAUCUUAACCAAGUGGGGAAACAGUUUUCUCAGAACUUAAACAUUGAAAAAAAUGAUGGUAAUGAGGAUCCUGAAUCAUCAGAUUCAGAGAUUAUCUCAGAAAAUCAGGAAUUCAUUGAAUUGGCUAAAUCCGCGGUUAUCAGAGAAGGGGUUGAAAGACUUGUUAUCCUUAAUGUAUCAGAGUUACAACUGCCCAAAGUGGGACGCCAGAAAAUUUUGCAUUGUAUUGACCACAAAGGUGAGACUAGCUCAGUAAUGGUCCGACAUCCAUGGGUCUAUCUAGAGUUUUCCAGGGGUGAUGCUAUUCAUAUAAUUCAAGGACAAAAUGUGGAUAACAAGAGAUUACUUUCCGACGAUAUAAAUCCCAAGACUAAUGUUAGAAAUGACAAUCUCUUAGUCCUGAAUCCUGAUAUUCUACUAUCUGCAACUACUGUAGGGAAUUCUAUCGGAUGCCUCAGACGAUCUACAAUUGAAACGAUCUUUGACGACCCCAGGGGCGAACCAAAGAUUUCAAUGACCAUCGGUAAUAUUGUGCACGAACUUUUACAAGAUGCAUUACGUUGUAAAUUGGAAAAUCAAAAACUUACCGUGGAUUAUUUGGAAGAAGUGCUUGAUUCACUUUUGAAGACAUAUUCUUUUGCUAUAUUUGUUUGCAAUUACACAAUUGAACAAGUAAAAGAUGAAAUUAUGAAUAGUCAUGCAACAAACAUUCUACAAUUUGUCAAUCAAUUUGUACAGAAGAGUAAUCUAGGUAGUUACGUAUCCAUAUCAGGACGAAGAACCACUAGACCAAUUUCAAUACCCGUUAUUCUUGAUAUCGAGGAGAACAUAUUGUCUCACAUUUAUGGUUUGAAAGGUUUCUUAGAUGCUACAGUAUUGGCACAUGAAGAGAAGAAGCAUGAAAUCGUACCAUUAGAAGUGAAAACCGGUAAGUUGGGAAGUGUCUCUCACGAGGCACAAGGUCUCAUAUACACGCUUCUCUUGAAAGACAAAUACGAAGUUCCUGUGGAUUUUUUCCUGCUACUGCAGACUAGAACCAACAAUUUUAUCAAACAUCCAAAAAUUCUUCACUCUAUUAAGCAUGUUAUUAUGGCCAGAAAUCAGCUGGCUACCAAACUAAAAUACCGUUUAAAAGAGAUCACAUGGGAUAAAUCGCACGACGUAAUUUUACCGCCAAUACUUCAGAGUUCUGUUUGUGACAACUGCUUCACAAAAGAAUCCUGUAUGGUGUUAAAUAAUUUACUGGAAGAUGGAACAGCCGAAGAAAGUGGUCUACGGCCUGGUGAAUAUGAAACUAUUACAAGUCAUUUAUCGACAAAUCAUGAUAAAUAUGGAGCUUUUUUCAAAAAAUACAAUGAUUUGAUUACACAGGAAGAAUCUAGCAUAAUGCACAUCAAAAAGCAACUUUUCCUUUUAGAUAGUAAUACGAAGGAAUCUACUAGUGGACUAUGCCUAUCAAAUCUCUGUUUGGUUGAUAUCUCAGAAGAGAAUUCUACUUCCGAAGAAUUUUUACAUGUGUUUAAAAGAAAUUUCCAGGAGGGACAAAAACCCCAGUCAAUGCUCCUUUCACAGUUGAAUGUGAACGACUAUGUAUUCAUCAGUGAUGAACGUGGUCAUUUCGGUUUAUGUCAAGGUCGCGUAACAAGUAUAACGAGAGGGUCAAUCACGAUCUGCUCAAAAAAACGGCUACGAAACCCUGAAGUUGUCGCCAAAGAGAUUCUGUCUGCCGCUAAGAAACAGCCUAUUGAAGGAUCACAACCGCUCAUUACUUAUAGAUUGGAUAAGAAUGUUAUUGAACAAGGAUUGUCCCUUACAAGAUUUAACCUAUUGAACCUUUUCCUCCCCCCCGUCACAGAGGAUCACUUCGUCGUUGACCAACAAACAGGUCAAGAACGAUCGAUUAAAAAAUCCGAGGGAGGUGACCAAAGAAUGAGAACAUUCCUGGUGGACAAAGCACCACCAGAAUUUAUACCCGACGAAUUACCUCCGUUGAUUCCUUAUGACCCAAAUGAACUAGAAUCUUUUAACUAUGAUCAGCGUAAGGCUGUGGGAAAAGUGAUGAGGGCCAAGGACUAUGCAUUGAUUUUAGGAAUGCCAGGUUCUGGUAAAACAACGGUUAUCGCACAAAUCAUCAAAAUUCUCGCCAGCAGGGGUCAAAAAGUACUGCUAACUUCCUACACACAUUCGGCAGUGGAUAACAUUCUACUCAAAUUAAAAGGUUCACCGAUUAAUAUUAUCCGAUUGGGAUCAGCACGCAAAAUUCAUCCAGAAAUUCAUGAGUAUCAACCGUCUUAUCAAGAUGCAGAAUCAUACGAAGAUAUCAUGAAACAAAUCAGUGACACUCAAGUCGUAGCAACGACAUGUCUCGGGUUAAAUGAUAUUUUUUUCACACUACAGCAGAAGGAUUUUGAUUAUGCGAUCCUCGAUGAAGCCAGUCAAAUAUCAAUGCCCGUAGCACUAGGACCACUGAGAUACGCCUCGAAAUUUAUUAUGGUGGGUGAUCAUUACCAACUACCACCAUUAGUGAGAAACGAGGAGGCACGGCUUGGAGGAUUACAGGAAUCCCUUUUCAAAAUAUUAUGUGAGGCACAACCUAAAGCUGUAAUCGAACUAACUUACCAGUAUCGUAUGUGUGAUGACGUUGCGGCGCUAUCGAAUUUCUUGAUCUACAGCAACAAAUUAAAGUGCGGCAACGAGCAGGUGGCCAAGAAAAAAAUUAAUUUACCGCGACUCAAAGAGCUGGAGAAUUUCCAUUGUCCACAGGAAUUGCAUGAAAAGGACUGGUUAUGCGAAAUCUUGGAACCCCACAAAAAAGUAAUAUUUCUCAAUUAUGAUUUAUGUGAGGAAGAACAACUGAUUGAAAUAAAUGAACAGAAAACCAUUACCAACCCAGGUGAAGUCGAUAUAGCAGAACAAUGCGUGAACGGUUUAAUACACGCUGGUAUGGAUUGUCGGGAUAUCGGGGUAAUGACAUUAUACAGGGCACAGUUACAACUCCUCAAUAAAAGAUUUGCUUCUGAUCAUUACAGCAACCUAGAAAUACUGACCGCAGAUCAAUUCCAAGGACGUGACAAAGAGUCCAUCAUCAUCUCUCUUGUAAGAAGUAAUGUGGAACAUAAUGCAGGUUCCCUCUUAAGGGAACUUAGACGUGUGAAUGUCGCCAUGACAAGAGCCAAAUCCAAACUGAUCAUAAUAGGAUCUCGAGCAACCAUUUCAUCUGUACCUCAGAUGGCUCGACUGGUCAACUUCCUGCAUUCGAAAGGUUGGAUCUACGAUCUACCACAUCACUUCAGAGAUUUUCAUAAGUUCCCUAUUUCAUCACCAUCAUCGUCAUUUCUCCAUAGCUCACAAGGAAAAAAUAAAUCUUAUCAAGGAUCCACUGUUGACCAUAAGUCUACAAAUGGCACUGAAAGAAAAGGUGCUAAAAACAUCACUGCCUCGUCUCAACUCGUCAAAGACCACCCAAUAAUCAAGCAAAGUUUGCUAGAGUUUUGA